AUGAGCGAGUUUCGGCACCUGAAUGUCGAUCAGUACGACGAGGAGGCCUUCUCUGCCGAGGAGCUAGCGCCGCAGGACCCGAGGUCGGACGAGGAACUGAGCCAGGUGGCGCAUGCCAAGCAAAGCGAUGUUCGUGCGCGUCUAUCGAGCGGCGACAUGGCCGGUGCGCUGCAUGUCGUGCUGGCCGACCCACCGACCGGCCAGCACGCCGUGCAUGCGCGCGAGACGACGCUAUCGAUGGUGCUGGAUAUCCUGAACUCUACACGCACGGUCGACAUCAUGCCAGCCGUGAAGGCUCUGGACGCCUCGGAGCGCGACACGCUGAUGAAAUACCUGUAUCGCGGCAUGGAACGAGGCCGAUCUGCGGCCUCGGUGAACUGUGCUGUGCUCCUGAGCUGGCACGAAAAGCUGACCCUCGUCGCUGGCACAGGGAGCAUCAUGCGUGUCAUGACAGAUCGCCGCAUGGUAUAG